AUGGUAUGCAAGCAACCCAAAAGUAGUGUAUUCUCCUCUCAUACGAGACUCUGAGACCAAGCUUAAAGAUUGUAGCUUUCUCGGUAUGAGGUUUUGUGUAUGCCUUGGUUUUCUUCGCAAACAAAAGGCGCUUUUCUGACGAAAAUGGGAGACGAAGACCCUUGGUUAGCCCCUGACAAGCUCUACCACGUUCUUUUCUGUUUCUCUCUCAACCUCCUCUUCUCCACCGUAGCCGCUCUGACCCCUCAUCCCUUUCUACGUCGCCACUACAUCGUAGUCGGCUCCAUCGCCUCCCUGUUAGCCGGUGCCGCCAAAGAGAUCGCCGAUGAGCUUGGCUACUUUAGGUCCGCCGGAGCUUCCGCCAAGGACGCUGUCGCGGAUCUACUUGGUGUGGUUUUAGCUUCGUAUGCUCUGUCUCUGGUUAAGCUCUCGCCCCGCCAAAGGGAUCACGAUGCUGAUCAGCCACGAGGCCUUUCGAUGGUUUGAUUGGGGCUGUGGCCUGGGGAAGAGCAAAGAAGUUUGUUUGGAUGCUGAGAAGGUGUAGGAAAGGAAAAGUUGGAAUUUUUGAUAUUAGGAUUCUAACAGAUAAAAGAGAGAUUCGUAAGUUCGCAAAAAUGGGGCAUGGCGGAUCACAAAACAAGUAUUUUGGGCUCUAGUUUAGAAAAUGUAUGCAGCCUUUAGGAGUAAAACUCCUGCAUUUGGAGAGGUGUGAUGCCCGAAUGUCUCAAAUCAUGGUGUUCUUUCGAACUAUAUAGACUACCAGCAUGGUUUGCAUCAAAAUUAACGUGAUGAUGGAGUUGAUUGUUCACCUUCUGAAGCUCCUUGGUGUUGAAGGUUUACCAAUAUUAUCAUCACCCACCUCUGGAAGCUUCACGGCGGUGUAAGUCCCUGCACCACAAAGUGCUCCAAGAAUUGGAGCUGUGAGGUAGACCCAUAUUGCUUUGAAGUUGUUUGCAGCUAUAGCUGGUCCUAGUGUUCUUACAGGGUUCAUUGAAGCUCCCGUUGUUUCCCUACACAAUAAACACAGAAGAAAAGUUAUGGUAACUAUUUCAAACUUUCAUUUUAUAUUAAAUUACUGAGUUCUGUUUUUUACAUAUGAAUGACUAUUCCCUUUUCGAAGGAAAUACUCAGAUGGCUACAUGUUUACCUCACCUCAAAAAAUUUUGUGUUUCUAAAACCCUUGAAGCUUCUAUAAAACUUAUAAAGGAAUUCUAGAGAAAGUAAAUUCUGCAGAGAAGGCCAGAGUUCAAGUGGACAUACCCGGCAAUCAGUAUGUUGAGCAUCACAGUAGCUCCAACAGCAAUUCCCGCCAACUCACCCACCUGCAUAAUUUCAAUGAUGGUUGGGUUUUACAUGCCCAAUUUUGAUGAGAUUUUUUUUUUUCCCUUUUUCUACGUCUUUUAUGAUCUAUUAUGGUAAUUUUUUUAAAUUUUUUUUUUUUUGGGUUUUUAAUUCUAUUUAUUGAAUAUUUUAGACACUCCAAUUUAGACUUUGUUUCUGGGUAUUAUAUUUUAUAUUUUUGAGGAAGAAUUAAAGAAAGGUGUGGUUAUGGGAAAAGAAAGCAACAAGCAUUUAUGUAUCAGAGGCAUUAUCUUCAAUUAUUGAAGUGGAGGAAGAGAUCAAGCUCUUGGAGACAAUGGAAGAUGCUUCUUAUAAAUUUUGCCUUGGGACAGGAAAAGCCUAUAGAACCAGUAAUGUCCGACUCAGGAAUUUAUUUUGGUAUGGGUAAGUAGAGUGGUGGUGGACAAGUGGACCAAAAUUCAACCAAGAUGUAUAAAGUUCAACAACUAUGAUGACCAUGAUGAUGGGACUUGUAGUUUGAUAAUUAAUAACAUAGCACGGAUCUCUUGAAAGA